AUGAGUAAACACCCGUCCGUCUCGAUUUGGAAUACAACGGAUGACAAUAACACAAACUCAACCUUUGACCUAGACGAAGACGACCUGUUUGCUGACCGCUUUGCAUCUUCGAAAAACAACUUCACUUCACCGACACCGAAGGGCAACUGGAGUGAUAAGUGGACGAAGUUGAUGAAAUUCGAUGGCAGUUCUAAGAAAAAUGAACCUGGCCAACUGUCUUAUACAUCACCUAAACUCCCUAACUUGAGAAGUGUUCCCGUAAAUUCUCAAAGAAGCAAGUUCAUAACCUCUCCUAUUGAUCUCGAACAACCGAGAUCGCCUUCACCAACGGAGCAUACUCGAUUGCAGAAACAUGCUCCUGCGUCACCCAUGCUUGAUUUCCUGAAUGACAGGUCCAAGAAGACUAUCAUGCAAUCUCCAGAUGUCUACAAUGUCUCCACUAGUUCUGAAGACGAUGUGUUGCUGAAUCGCACAGUUAGGAAGUCUCCGGAUUACACGAGUGCAGAAACCUCAUGUAUUGAUAAUGAUUGUGAGAAAGCGGACAAUAACUACAACACAGGCGACAAAUCACCUGGAUCUGUCAGUUUAAGUGACAACUUUGAGUGUCUGUACAACCGUCUUAAAAAGGAGGCAAGUGAUUUAGAAAGCUGGAAAUGUAACACUUUGUCUCAGUUGGAAGGAAAGUGUCUAGAAUUGGAGUCGUACGAAUCACUGGUGGAAAACCUAAGGAGUGCAAAUGUGGAACUUCAAAUAAAUCUGGAAAAUAUGAGUUUGAAAUAUAAAGAGGAGGUUGAGUUAAGAGACAACGUGCUGGAAAGGUUCUCGUCAAUUCAGAGUCAAAGUAGUGCACUCGAAGAAAGAGUCAAGAAGUUGGCUGAGGCCAGCAUGACAGUAAAGAGUAGAGUUUUCCAGUCAGAAGAAUUAUAUGACGUUCUUCGGAGAAAUUACGAAAACAUCAAGAAGGAGUUUCUCGAACAUUCAGAGACAUGUUUAGCAAAAUACAAGGAAUUCGAGGACAUAAUUGAGAGUAAAAAGUGCGAUGUAGAAGCGCUGCAACAAAGAAUAAUUCAGUUAGGCGAUGAAAACAAAUGCUUGGAAGAAGAACUUAUCCUCUGUGAUCGGAAACAUCAAGAGGAAAUUAUUCAACUGCAGAGGGAGAUCGAUGGACUGAAUACUGAUAAAAUUGAGUUAAAACAGAUGGAAGAAAACAUCAAAUGUAGCAAUGAAGAGUAUAAAUCACUCAUCAAAAGUCUGGAAAGCACUAUAGAGAACGAAAGGGCAAUGAGAAUAAACGCUGUCAAAUUGUCGGAAACCAAAGAGAAAGAACAUGAAGAUCUAGUGUGUCUGCUUGAUGAACACCAGCACAAAUGCAGGUUGAGAAUACAGUUCUUGGAUGCUUCGAAACAGAAGCUGAAUUAUCUCUGUGACCAGGUGGACAAGUCACGAUUUCACGUUAAGUCUAUGAUCGAUAAAAUAAGCAAUAUGAUAAAAAGCCUUUCCACAUUUCAGGAAAAACAACAUCAUAGGAAUGAAGAUAUAUUUCAUACAUUAACUGUGGUGAAAGGAAAAGUCGUUGAGUUGAAGAAAGUACUAAACAACAGAUCGCUGAUUAUGCAUGAUUUUGAGUCGAACAUAUAUAACAUAUGCGCUGACCUUGUGAUGGAAAACCAUCUUCUAUGUAUUGAUCGUGAGAACUCAGUCAUUCUGAGAAGGAAGGUCACGGAAUUAGAGAAGGACACUGAAUGCAUGUAUAAAAGGCAAGAUAACAUGAGAGCAGCUCUUGAGAAGUGCCAGAUAUUUAAUGAAAAAUUGCAGCUUGAUAACGAUGAGUUGCAUUCGAAACUGACGUCUGAGAAACAGAAGUACGCUGAAGUCCAUGGGAAUCUUUUGAAGUCAGAGGCCUUGGUCAAACUUCUAGAAGAACAAACGAAAAUGAUUGAAGAGGAAGUGAAGGAAAUGAGAACAAAGUUCUCUGAAGUCAAAAAGGAACUGGAAGAGAAGAGGGCUAAUUGUUCAAAGUUAAAAGAGAAAAUGGAGGCCUGCGAAAUCAGAUACAAUGAACUGAAGUUGACUGAUGAGGAAAACCGAAAAGCUCUAAACCUAGCACAUUCUGAAAUCAAGGGAAGAGAAGAACAACAAGAGAAUUAA